AAAAAAAUUCAAAAUAAUCAUCAUCAUCAUCAUGAUCGUCAUUUGUCGUCAUCAACAUCAUAAUAAUCAUAAUCUUUUAUUAUAUACUGUGUGAGUGUUGAUCUUCAAGUCUCUUCACAGUGUUCACAGUGUGCGUCAUUUUUUUUUUGUUUGUUUGCUGAAAUAAAGAUCAACAGAGCGUUGAAAGAUCUCGAUAUUUUUUUCUGUGUGUUUGUAUUUCUCUUUCUAGACGCCAAGAAGGUGUUAAUUGAAUUUUUUCUGUUUUUUUUUGUUAAAAAAUUUCUUUUCUUUAUCAAACUGGACAAACCAAAAGUUCUUGAACCAAUAUUAAGACUAAAAACGGAACUAUCAACACCGUUUUGGUCAACAAAAACGUCGCUGCCAUCUAUUGAAGCGAAUUUAAAUGCAAUCGAUUCAAAAACAACCACAACAACAACAACAACAAAACCAAUCAAUAUUAAUCGAUCAAUUCAAAUUGAUGAAUCAUUUCAGCAAACAAAAACUGAAUCAUUAUCAUCAGAAAUAAUUACAAUGAUGGAAACAACAACAAGACGAAGAGCAAGUGGUUCAAAUUUGCCAAUAAACUAUGCCGUGGCACAAGAAGAAACUGAUUUAUUAGCCGGCGGUACAAAUUCCAAUUUGGUUAGCCGUAGUCCAAGUCAAUCGUUGCUGGCACAGCUAUCCAGUUCACCAUAUGGAUGGACUGGAUCAUCACGAUCCACAUCACCAACACCACCAACAAUGCUUUCCGGUUCAUUGAGGCGUGUGCCAUCCGGUACAAAUACUACUGUUGGCGGCACUGGACGUUUUAUACCACAACAAUCACUACAAUCAUUGGUGAAAUCUUUCAUUAAUAAAGUUUCACGUGGUACACAAACCGAUUGGGAUAAUAAUAAUGAUAAUGAUUUUGAUGAUCAAAUCAGCAUUGCAUCAUUGACAUCUGGAUUUUCAGCAUUUGAAAAUGAAAAUUUUACACGUUCCCGUUUGAAAUUAUUUCUUAAUGAUUCACAAUAUCAGAACAAUAUUAAUGAUGAUAAAAACAAUAUUGAUGAAACAGAAUUUGUUGAAGAAUUACAAAAAUUACGUGAUCAAAUUGAUGGAAGAUUUAAAUUCAGUUUUUCAUCAUCACAACCAGGUUCACGAUCGGUAUCGAGGCAAACAUCACGGCCAACAUCGAGACCACGUUCACCAACAACCACAACAACAACAACAAACGCAGCGAAAGUAUUUGAUUUAGAGGUGGAUCAAAAUCUUGAAGAAUUUGGUCAAAAAUUAGCAACUUGUGAUCAAGCUAUCGAAACUGAUAGCUGUUGUUUGAUGGAUAAAUCGACACAAGCAGAUUUUGGUCCACAACAACAACAACAACAGCAAACAUCAAAUUCGUCGUUUUUUUCAUUCUUUUCUUCAGGUCAACCAACAACAACAACGGCGACGACGACGAUGACGACACCAACCGAAUCAUUUAAUGUUGCCAUACAAACCGAUUUAAAUCCGGAACAUUUAUGUCCAUUAUGUAAACAUGAAUUAAGUGAUAACGAUUGUCAAUCAAACGGUAAUCUACUUACUAAAAGCCAACUACUUGAUACGGCUAUAUCAACAUCGGAUAUGAAUAAUAAUUCAAUGAUGAUUGUGGAUGAUAAAAAAUCGAUUGAUCAUAGUACACAGGCUGAUAUGAAAGGUGAUUCAACGUUGUUAUCCAAUAAUGAUGAUGGUGAUGAAAAUCAGGAACAAAAACAAGGGUCCAAUUUUGAUGAUGAUAAAGAUAAAGAUAAAAAUAAACAAAUUGAACCACCAAUAGCAGCGAAAAGAAAAACUGCCAACAACACAACAAAGGGCGUUAGUGUUGGUUCAGGUCAUUUUUAUCGUGGUGAAAAGAAAUCCGCUCAAAAUCAUUAUGUAAAUUCAAAUGGAACAACAAAUGGUGUGAUGAUGAAAAAUAAUUCUUCAGGCAGAAUGCGUAUCAUUACCAGUAAUGAUGAUGAUAAAGAUAAAACAAAAAUGAAAUCUACUGAUCAUGUUCGGCCCAAAUGUUGUAGUAUUUCAUAGAUUUUUUUGUUGUUGUUGUUGUUUAUGUUGAAAAAACAAUCAAAUCUCAUUCCAUAUUAAUCUCAAACAAAAUGAUGAAAACAAGUGAUAAAUCAUGAUGCUAUGUGAUGUGAUAAUUAAUUCAUGACCAGAAUAGAUUAGACUGGAUUGACCAAUUGGUUUUUGGACCCAGAUUAGCAGCAGAAUAUUUAUUUUUCAUUUUUUUGUUUAAAAAAUUUUAACAAAUUUUCUUUUCAUUUUUAAUAUCGUUUUUUCGUUUUCUUUUCUUUUUUUUCUCUCGAAUAAAAAUCAAUAGAAACCACUAUCAUUGAAGUGUUGAUUCAGAUUGAUCAAUAAGUGGAAAAAUUGCAGCUUCUAAACACAAACACACACACACACACACACAUGUACACUCACCCAAGUUGAAAAAAGGUUAAUUUUUAACAAGAGUUGAAAAAUGGCUAAUUAAUUGAUUGAUUUUUUUUCUAUUGACCAACGUCCCCCGACGCCCACAUACAUACAGAUGAUGGAAACAUUAUAUUUUUCAACCAGAAUAUAUUAUAAUAAUAAAUUGUAAUUCACAAGAAAAA